GCGGAAACAGCAGUUCCCUCAUCCUCUUUCAUUUCGUAUCAAGACAUCAUCACUCAAAAUGGGUUCUAUAGGAGAGCCCAACGUUCCAUACACUGACGUCCUGCUCGUUGGAGCUGGAUUUGCUUCUUUCACUCUACUCAACCGACUGCGAAAGCUUGGUCUUUCCGUCGAGAUCUACGAGAAGGGCGCUGCAUCGGGCGGUAUCUGGUAUUGGAAUUGCUACCCUGGCGCACGUGUAGACUCAGAUACCCCAAUUUACCAGCUGUUCGACAAGGAGCUAUGGGAAGACUUCACAUACACCGAGCGCUAUCCAGGAUGGCCAGAGCUUCGCCGAUACUUCCAGCAUGUGGAAAAGAAGUGGAACGUGAGCGCCCACACCACUUACAACAAGAUGGUCGAUACCGCCACUUUCGACGAGAAGACCAACCUGUGGACGAUUGAAUGCGCAGACUCCAGCGUAAUCAAGGCAAGAUGGUUCAUCCCUUGCAUUGGAUUUGCAUCAAAGCACUACUCGCCACCGUUCCCAGGUCUUGACAAGUUCAAGGGCGAGAUCUAUCACACCGCCAAGUGGCCACAACAUGGCGUGAAUCUCAAGAACAAACGCAUUGCUGUCAUCGGAACCGGUGCUUCUGGCAUUCAGACCAUUCAAGAACUCACUCCUCUCGCCAAAGAGAUGACUGUGUAUCAGCGCACACCAAACAUGUGUCUUCCGAUGAACCAGCGCAAGCUUGAUCCAGAGGAGGAAGAGCGUAAGAAGAAGGAUGGUACCUAUGAGAAGCUCAUCAACGACACUCGCUCCACAUUUGCUGGGUUCACAUACGAUUUCGUGGAGAAGAAGACUUUCGAUGAUACCCCAGAACAACGCGAUGCUUUCUACCACAAGCUACUCGUCGAAGAAGGUGGUUUCAGAUUUUGGCUCAACACAUACUCCGACAUGCUCUUCGACGACAAGGCCAACGACGAAGCCUACAACUACUGGAGGAAUUUCGUGCUCUCUCGUGUCAAGAACCCAGAAAAGCAGGAAAUCCUCGCGCCAGCUAAGAAGCCGCACCCAUGGGGAACCAAACGACCUUCUCUCGAACAGCGCUUCUACGAAGAGGUCGACAAGGAUCACGUUGAAAUCAUCGAUGUCAACGCCAACCCUAUCGAGGCAGUUGAGCCGGAAGGCCUCCGCACACCAAAGGGUCUCAAGGAAAUCGAUGUACUUGUCCUUGCCACCGGUUUCGAUUCCGUCACUGGAUCUCUCGCCCAGUUGAACAUCCGGGAUACCAAGGACGAGACUAUUGCCGACCACUGGAAGAACGGCACCAAGACAUCUAUGGGUAUCGCUAUUCCAGGCUUCCCCAACAUGUUCUUCCUUUACGGACCACAAGCUCCAACUGCUUUCUCCAAUGGUCCUUCAUGCACACAGUUCCAGGCUGAGUUUGUUGAAGAGGCUAUGAAGAGAAUUCAGAAGGAUGGUAUCACUCGAUUUGAGGCUACACAGGCUGCUGAGGAUGACUGGUGCAAGAGAAUGAACGAGAAAUGGGAAGCUACCCUUUUCCCCAUGGCCAAGUCAUGGUACAGUGGUGCCAACAUUCCAGGCAAGAAGAUCGAGCCACUCAAUUGGGCAGGCGGUAUGGUCGAAUACGUCGACAGCUUGCACAAGAGUUUGGAGAACGACUACCAGGGUUGGACGAUCCAGAAAGGCGAACCGACAAAGGCAUAAGAAACGAUGACGAAUUUUUUUUUUCCAUUCUUAAUGUCAUGGCGUCAGAAUUGUAGAUCAGACGACGUUAGAUAUCAUUCCUAUCAAGAGCGUUUCAUUGUACAG